AAUGGAAUAAUCAAAUAUACAGCAGAUUUCACUGUUGAUUGUCAGGCAGAAGGCAAACCAAGUUCACUUGAGGCCAGCUGCACUUUAGAGAACUCUUUGAAUCAGCUGCGAAAUCACACAAUAAGAGUACCAAUCAUUUACCCCAGUGACCUGUUUUGUGCAGAGGAAGAAAUUCAAGGGAGAAAAUGGCCAAAAACAAAGAAUAAUGAAACAGCCAUUAUAGAUUGUACUGCAACAGGGAGACAGGGCUUAAUGAAACGCAAAUGCACUGGAAAAACAUGGGGGGAAGAACUCUCUCUUUGUGUUAAAGUAGUCCUGAAUAGUGUAGCUUCGCAAGCAAAGGAUUUUGAAAAAGGACUUGGAGCAACACAAGAAGGCGCUCAGUUUAUCUUUCAGAGCUUGAAAAAUAACACAGCUGAAGACGAUGAGAACACUUUUGGUGACGUCAAGACUGCUGUUUCUGUUUUCGAAACUAUGAACAAGGCAUCAGUAAACAUGGCACUAGGCGAGAACCUUCUUGCAGAUUUCAUCGACUCCGCUAGCAGCAUGUUGAACGUAACCUGGGAAGUGGGAGACAAGGAAGAGAGCAGUUCACUGGCUUCACAAUAUCUGUCAUCGGUAGAAGGCCUUGUGAAAAGCAUCCGAAUAAAUGCUAGUGAGGGUUACAACUCCUCAAACAUUCAGCUUCAGAUCUGCCGAAACGGCAGCUCUUGCAACAAAACCGUUUUCAACGUGGACGUUGAGCUGAAUGCCACAGCAGAUAUGGUGAAAACAGUAGGAUUGCAGAGCUUGGCCAACCGUCUGCCAAAUCUGGGCUACGAGGGUGCAUCGUUUCCUAGCAUAGUCGUAUCCAGCACAGUUGAGAACAACACUCAGCCGUCGGUGAACAUCAGAAUGGCAUUUCCAAAUGAAGUGGACAGCAAGGCCACGAUGACCUGCGUUUUUUGGAACGUCACUGAGCAAAGAUGGUCAAAUGAGGGCUGUGAAUACGUUAAAGGCCCCGGGAACCUUGCCUACUGUGAAUGCAACCAUCUUACCUCCUUCUCCAUGCUCAUGUCUAAGCAUGCAGUAAGCAUGCCUUUUCUAGAUCAGCUCACGUAUGUCGGACUGGGAGUCUCCAUAUGCUCUCUUAUCGUCUACAUCAUCAUCGAGUGUUUGGUCUGGAGCGCUGUAGUCAAAUCCAACCUCUCCCAUUUCCGGCACACUGCUCUCCUCAACAUCUCUCUGUGUCUGCUUUUGGCCGACUGCAGCUUCUUAGCUUCCUCCUUCCCAUCAAUCCUAAAUGAAACCUUGUGCCUUGUUUUGGUGGUGGCGAAGCAUUACUUCUUCCUUGCAAUGUUCUUUUGGAUGCUGUGUCUGAGCAUCAUGUUGGUCCACCAGCUCAUUUUCGUCUUCAGCCACACUGGGAAAAAGGUGUACAUGAUCCUCGGAUUCACCAUUGGUUACGUUUGUCCGACAGUGACUGUGGCUGUUACAUACGUGUACUACGACCUAGCAAGUGACAUUCCAUACUACAGCUCCAAAACGUGCUGGCUUACCUAUAAGUCAGCAAUGCAGGGAUCCAUCCACGCAUUUCUCUUCCCAGUCGGGACCAUUAUUCUGGUGAACCUGUUUUCCAUGAUGGUGGUCAUUGCAACUGUUUUAAAGCCAUCUGGAGCUGAGAGCAACAAAAAGGGAGACAAAGAAGCUAUGAAAAGCAUCAUCAAAGUGGUUAUCUUUCUCACGCCAGUUUUUGGGGGGACUUGGAUUCUGGGGCUUUUUGUGUUUCUGAUGGACGACUUUACACAGUUUAUUACAUACGUAGUGCAUUACUCAUUCACCAUUGUCAACUCCCUGCAGGGCUUCUUCAUCUUGUUGACAGGAUGUUUUGCAGAAAAAAGGGUCCGAGAUGAAAUAUUGAGAAUAGUUCUGGGGAAAUCAGGAAAAGAUCAAGGAACAGUAACAACCACAAAAUAAAUGAUCCAUAUAAAUGAAUGCACACAAGAAGGAGCAUGUAAAAAAUUAUAGGACAUUGAUCCACCUCUGAACCCACAGAAGCAACAAAAAUAGGAGAGGGAGCGCAACUGUUUGCUGAAGACCUAAAAGUACUUGUACUUUAAAAGACGUUAAGUCGACAUCUUUGGAACAAAGUAUAGGCUGUUGUCAUCCCUUUUUAUUUACUGUAUAAAAUUAGGAACAAACAGUGAGAAACAGAUAAAAAAUAUAUAUAUAAUAAAUGUUAAUGUUUGUGUUUUUAAAAGAACAAUAUAAGUACUGCUGUAUAUAUGUAGCAAUUAUCUGUAGUUUUCUACUCUGAUUGUUGUUGUCUUUUAUUUAACACUGUCUCUCUACAUGUAAUGUAAAAAGUGGUCACCUACCUAGGUUGUAAGCUGAUUAGUUUUAGCUCUGCUUCUAUUUUGCAAAACAUAAAAAAACUAUUACAUCAACUUCUGCGUACUAUUUAGUAAUUCUGACAAAAUAUCUGAAGUUAAUUUAACACAUCUUAAGCACUCUUCUUGAGAUUGACAAUAUAUAUUUUUGGUCGUUGUUGUUUUUUUUUUUUUUUUUUUUCUCUUGUUAGACCCAUUUCCUUGUUUCUUUUAAAGGGAUAUGGAAAAUAGAGGGAUGAGAUUGUUAAUAAAGAUGUUUAUUGUAAGAUGGUUAAUUAAUAAAAUACUUUGCUUAUCAAAGA